AAAAUUAAUGGUACUCCUACCAGUAUUUCUUCCACCAUUUCUCAGCUGAAGAGAUAACCAGCUGAAAAGCAUCAUCCCCUUCCUUCCCCAAUCCCCUUCCCGUCCUACCCACAACCCUAACUCCCCUAAUCCAUGGAUCCCACCAAAUCCAGCACCCCUCCGCCGCCCCCAGUCCUGGGCGCCCCCGUUGGUUAUCCGCCGGGGGCAUACUCUCCCCAGCCCGGAGCUGCCGCGGCCGCCUACGCCCCGCAGCUCUACGCGCCACCCGCUGCCGCCGCCGCCCAGCAGGCCGCGGCGGCGCAGCAGCACCUGCAGAUGUUCUGGGCAGAGCAGUACCGCGAGAUCGAGGCGACCACUGACUUUAAGAAUCACAACCUCCCGCUGGCUCGAAUCAAGAAGAUCAUGAAGGCCGACGAGGACGUCCGCAUGAUCGCCGCCGAGGCCCCGGUCGUCUUCGCCCGCGCCUGCGAGAUGUUCAUCCUCGAGCUCACCCACCGCGGCUGGGCGCACGCCGAGGAGAACAAGCGGCGCACGCUCCAGAAAUCCGACAUUGCCGCCGCCAUCGCGCGCACUGAGGUCUUCGACUUCCUCGUAGACAUCGUGCCACGUGAUGACGCUAAGGACGCCGACGCGGCUGCCGCUGCAGCUGCGGCGGCUGCUGCUGCUGGGAUACCCCGCCCUGCCGCCGGUGUGCCCGCCACCGACCCGAUGGCUUACUACUAUGUCCCCCAGCAGUAAUGUAUCAGCUUAACCUUACGCAUUUCUAAGCGGAGAAUGUGUUGUCUUGUGACUGUUCUUGUUGCUGUUGUUGUUGCCGCUUAAUAAAAUGUGUUGAUCAUUUAUGGGCCUCCCCCGAGCUUCAGAAUUGAGCUGUUUGGUUGUAGUAUCACAGGUGAGAUUGUUGUAGUUGGGGAGGCCGUAUGAUUGCAGUUGUAGUGCCUGUCUAACUGGCCGGAUUGGGUAAUCCGAUAACUAUUAUGCGGUUGUCUCUAAUGAUUACUAUGUAAUUUAUGUUCUUCAUUUCCGCUGGGUACUAGGAAUUUGUUGUCAUAUGACAGUAUGUGCUGUGGUCACUGCAUAUUACGGAGUAGGUUGCAAGCUUUUCCCUUGUAUGCUUUUAAGCAAGAUUUAUUGUAAUUAAGUCAUCGAUGCCAUAACUUUCAGUAUGCUGACUGUAAUA